AUGAAAGCGCAAAUCCUUCCUGAUGAAGAAACACUAUCGACACCAAUUGAGAUUAUGUCUUCAUGCAAGGCAGCAAUUCUCAUUGUCGUAGUAUCAAUUUUUCUGACAGGAGCCGCUGUUUGCUCAUUCGUACCGAAAAAUACGAAUUAUCAAAUCACAAGAGUACAAUCUCUUCCAAUUCCAUCAACAGAUGUUGCUAACAGAGCACAAUUUAAGCAUUUUACACCAUUAAAUUCUUUCGCAAUCCUUUCUGUAAUUCCUUACGUUUCAGAUCUUGCAAACAAGCAUACAAUUACAGCUCAAGGCUUUGCCAGAUUAUAUGAUGAUGAAAUGAAAGUCAUUUCAACAAGAGAAAUCAACACUACGGAAGUUGUUGGUUGUGAAAAAGGAAGAUGCGAUGAAAUUAUUGUUACUGAUUACAACUUCGUCAAUUUCAGUUCAGUAUCAUUAGUCGUCAACAUUUCAAGCGCAACUGGCAAGAAAAUCCUUAGAAGAGCAGAUAUCACUUGCACUUCUCUAAAUACACCGAUUUCCAUUACCUUAUUUGUUAUGAUAUCAGCAAUGACCUUAGUACUUAUCAUUUUCCUCGGAUGCGUUGCUCCAAAACGUCUUUAUCCAACUAGAAAAGAUCAUUGGUCAACAUUAUUCCUUGGACUUGCUGCUUUAUGCAUUGAUGGUCCAUGGUUGAUCCUCAAAUACUAUUCCGUAUACUGGUUCUCGAAUAUUUACGAUAUUAUGCCAGAAUUAUUCCAUAUGGUAUUUAUCUUAUUCGUAAUGUCAUUCUUCAACUCACUUACUCAUAGCUGGGCCAACAGGAUAUUCUCUAGCUGGUUAAUUGGCCUCUGUAUCUCAUUUGGAUUAUCCCUUAUUAUUAUCUUACAAUCUAUUGCAAUUAACCACAUGCCACUUAACACAUACAGCGUAUACAUUAAGAAUUCCGACUUCAAGAUCCCAAUUUGGGCACUUACAGCCAUAUAUCAUUUGAUUAUUUUAUUUAUCAUGGUAUUAGGCAUAAUUACAGUCCAAAUCAAGGAAGAUGCCACUCUUGUCUUGGUCUCCCUAUGCUUCAUUCUCUUAGAAGUCUUGGAUUGCAUCAGAGCCGGUUUAAGAUUCUUCUGUCCACGUUCUCAGCUCGGUUUCUCGUUUGCUUCUGACGUAUUCUACAUCCUUUUCGCCAAUUUCGUCACCUGCUUCUUCAUAUACGGAAAUCUUCCGAUAGAAAAAGCUCUCUUUGUGGAAAAGAGGGAGGAAAUGAAGCAGACACAAAUCGCUGACACAGAUCCACAGGAAAUUGUUAAUAUUGCUGAAGAUGAGGAUGCUGCAAAUGAAGAGGCUGCUAAAGAAGAACCAGCAAAUCAAGGAACAGAAACAAUUUAA